GUGGAUGCUUUUAUUUUGACAAUUGUUGAUGUUGCCAUAACGGAAGUGUGCAGGGACACGUGAGUGCUAGUGACCCGUGUUUCAGAAUGCCUAAGAAAGAUCCAUGCCAGCGGCAAGCCUGUGAGAUACAGAAAUGUUUACAAGCAAACAAAUACAUUGAAAGCCGAUGUGCGGAUGUAAUCGAGGAGAUGCGAAAGUGCUGCGUUAUACAUACUAGUGAAGAGUCAGUCUGCUGCUCCGGAUUUGCCAGAGAGCAGGCGGCAGCUGAGAAGAAGACGUGACCUUUGAAACCAAACGUCUUUUCCUCGUGUCUGACUCCCCCCUACGUCUUCCUCGCUGCUGAGUUGUGGAGGUUCAAUGUUGAUGUUUCUGUCUUCCCACUGUGGCUACUGGCCAGUCACUGCACAUAGCAAAGCGUGUCACCACAGCUUGUCUGUCUUGUCGGUUUUACCCUAAUGAGUCUGACUACAAUAAAACAUAGGCCUAUAGGCCUAUCUGCCUGAA